AUGGACAUCCCGAGCUGUAGCCAUCAGUCCGACGACGAUCUGAGUCCCUUCGAAUUGGCCAGACAUUGUUGCGAAUCAUUCGGUUAGUUGACUAUAAAAGGGAAACUUUGCUCUUUAUAUUCUUCAAAGAGGUCCGAAAUCUCAUUCCGUCCUAUAUCUCCACGCUUUUGUUUAUCCUUUUUUGUGGACUCGAGAUCUGCGUCAUCAGCCGAGAAACUGUUGAAAUCUGGGGAUAAUAUCGUACAUCUUCUAGAGAAUCUGAAGAUGAAAAAAUUUUUUUCAAUUGGAUUAGGCUGCUCAAAAAUUGUUUUUAUGUAUAAAAAUAUUUAUUUUCACAGUAAUGAUGACUAAAUUUUACAAUUUUCAGAUAAGGAUGGUGAACCGCAGAAUGAAUUUCCGUAUUAUCUUUUUAUGGUCGGAGAAUGGCUGAUGGACAACAAGGAGCUCAUGUCUCAAUUUGUCUCACUAUAUCAGGUAAUGAUUGUCCUAUUAUGCUUGACACCAAACCAAAAGUAGAUUUAUUGACAAUAUUAAUGAUAGUAUAAGUUACAAGUAAGGUUACGUAAGCAGUAUUGCUAGGUUAUUUAUUUCUUUCCCCUUCCACAGUUGCUAGAAGAACAUAAUAGCCACACUCCAUUGAAAUCAUUCCCCACUCGGACACCUUGAUCUGGGAUAAUAUCAGGCUUAACUCCAGUAUGUUGUUGAUAAGUGUUGGCCACGUAAUUAUAACGAGGUAGGGGGUCGUAUUUGGGAGUAAAGAAGCUAUUCGCUUCGUAGCCAAGAUAUCUUUGAGCUGUUGCAACAGCCACUAAAAGUGAGAUCAACAAAAUUCGGCAGAAGAACAUGACGGAGGAAGCGGGUGGAGGGCUGCAAAUAAUCUAUGAUUACAUACAGCAAAAUGUGAGGCCAAGUGUGAAAAGCUGAGGGAAAUCAAAACAGACAGGGAAACCAUCAAGAACUGGAUCUCGUCGUUGAAAAGCGCCUUUUAUAGGGUUGAAAACGGGAUCUGGUCAUUAGUGGUUAUUUCGAGAAGCGAACGAAUAAUAUUACUCAAGACUCCCUUUGAGAGAUCAGAAACGAGGAUGACAUAGUCGGAUAACAUUUAUAUUACAUGGAAAAAUUUGUUAGAAAAUCAAAAUAAUACAUUACUUACAGUAAUGUAAUCUUCGAAUUCUUUCAGGAGCAUUUUGAUGACUUUGGAGAACGGGUAUGUUACGCAAUCGGCUUUUGGAUCCGCUCCUUUCCCAUGCAUUUCGACGCCGACAGUCAGCUCUGCCGAUUCGUGGAGCGGCUCAAACAAUUGGCCAUAUCUGAUAACAUAUCGGAAACUGUUACCUCAGAGCUCGAUGUUUCCUCCGUGUAGGUUGUUUGGCGAUGAUUAUUUGGGUUUAGACCGUCCUACGAAUGGCUUCGCAACGUAUCCGUCCGCAAUCCGGUUUCCCGUGUUGUGAGUCUUUCCUUCGAACAAUGGAGUCCCGAAGAUCUAUCCACUUCCCUCAGUUACAUCGAUUAUAAAGUAAUGAGUCGAGUCAACAUCACCGAGGUCAAGAAGUACGUCAAGAACUGCAAGAUCUCGUCCAGUCUUCUUCUGGAGAGAUCUAUUGCCAUUUUCAAUGUAAGUCGUCACAAUAUUACGUAAUCAUCACAGAAUGUGAUGACCUUUGUUCAUAAAAUAUUACGUAAGAAAUAUUUAAAAUUUUUAAUGUUUCAGAGUAUCUCCGGAUGGGUUCAAUGCAUGAUUCUCAGCAAGAACACCCCCAAAGAACGAGCUGAGGUGAUCACCAAGUUCUUAAAUGUGGGAAAACAUCUGAAAAAGUUGAAUAAUUUCAACACACUGAUGGCUGUGAUUGGUGGAGUUACCCACAGCAACAUUGCUCGACUCUCCAAGACCUUGAAUUGUCUCUCAAUUGAAGCCAAAAAGGAUCUUACUAUGUUCACCAAUUUAUUGUCGAAUACCCACAACUUUGAGAAUUACCGAAAACUUUUGCAAGAGACCAGAUCCAAGUUCAGAGUGCCUAUAAUGUAAGUUAAUGGGUAAUUUGCGCAUUGCUCUGUGACUUUAGGGGAGUUCAUCUCAAAGAUAUGAUAGUAUGGUACAAUACAACCCCCCAAUUCGACAACACUAGAAAGAUCUCUGAACGGAGACUCUUCCAACUCCGCAAUUUGCUCAACAAUUUCCUCGGGGCAAACCGAAUGGCCCACAACUUCCCCGAGCCAAAUAUGGACCUCAUUAACACGCUCAAAGUCUCAUUCGAUAUUCGGUACAACGAUAGUGACAUCUACGAUCUGUCGUUGCAAAAGGAACCCAAGACUCUUCUCAAUGUAAGUGUAAUAACAUCUUAACAGUGGGCAUAUCAAUGACAAUGGUUGUGGUUUUUCAGUUCCAAAAUACCAGGUCAGUGGUGUUUGCUGACUGGGCAAGUGGGGUUUGUCCAGCACCAGAUCCAGAGACUGUAAACAAACAUAUCAGCGCCAUGGUGGAAGCCGUUUUCAAACACUAUGACAACGACAAAGAUGCUUACAUCUCUGAAGCCGAGUUCGCUCAGAUCUCCGGGAACUUCCCUUUCAUCGAUAACUUUGCCAAAAUUGACGAAGACAAGUGAGAUCGCCUAUUACAUUACUAUAAUUACAUUACAUCUUACAUCGUUUUUAUUGACGAUUUCUUUUUUAGAGAUGGUCGAAUAAGCAAAGCCGAGCUGAAAAGUUACUUCCUAUACCUCAACAAGCAAUCCCUCAACAAGCAGAGUCUCGAGUUUCGUCGAGGAUUCCAACACAACUUCCACGAGACCACUUUCCUUACGCCCACUUUCUGUGUUCAUUGUAACAAGGUUCUCUGGGGUCUGAUGCGGCAAGGAUAUAAAUGUAAGGACUGCGGGAUUACUGCCCAUCAUUCCUGCAAAGAUGUGCUUGUCAGUGAAUGCAGACGUAAACGACAUACAUCUUGGUUAACACCGAGAACAAGCAGUCAAAGCAAUGGCACUCAGGGAAGUCCGAGCAGUUCGAGUCAAGAUCGGGGAUACCGGUGAGUAAUUUGGAUGGAAACUGUGAUGGUAUUCAGCUUCGGGAAAGGACUUGUUUUGUUGUUAGCUGCUAUGGGAUCUUUUUUUAUUUUUUAUUUUUUUUGACUGUCAUUGGUAAAAGUAACGUCAGAAGUUUAAAAUAAUUUUCUGGUUCCACCGUAGAGGAUAGUUGAAUCUUGUAAUCCCACGUAUAAUCAUGAGCGUUGUAACGGUCUUUCUAUCCUUGAGUUGGCUUCGCUCUCUUCAUUUCACGCGCACAAUUCUUUUCCGAAACGCACUGUCGCCUCGCCUUAUUCCAAUCAAAGCAAUUUACAGAAAGUUCAGGACGGUGAGUACGGUGUCUGAAGAAGAGCCCGAGGCCCUUCCACAAUCGGCCAGGCCUUUCAUGUCAGGUGGGCUAAGGGCAUCGUUCCAUCGAUUAAUUCGACUGCAAAGGAAGUCACGCACAGCCUCGGAAACCACCGACUGCUACAGGUAUAGGAACUAUUGGAGAUUAUGGUAUCAUUAGCAGGGUCGCCACCACUUCCUCCACUCUAAUAUCUAAUGCAAUUAAGUCAUCUUUGACUGCUCUGACAAUCCCCUUUUCUUCUAUCAGUCUUAUAGACAAGUCUACCCUAAUACCAGCACAAAAUAGCUGAUUACACGCCCAUAACGCAGCUUUACAACAUCCUCUCGUCUAUUACCUAGUGUAAUAUAAACUUUUAGAGGGAAUGGUAUGGCUGACAACUUCAACGACAAUGAUCUCAGUCUGGCGACAUUGGCAAGUGAAGAAGUCUUCGACGAUGAACCGGAGACCGAACCUAAAGCUCCGGCAACCGUACGAUGA